AUGAUUAAUUCCCUUUGUGGAAGCGUGGGAACCCUCAAGAGUGAAAACUCAUGCACAAAACCCCCACCAACUUCUCCAAAUGAGUCAGUCUCAGAAUCUAAGAAAACUACUACUACAUGUAAUUCAACAGCUCCUUCAUCCUCUGAUUUGGAACAAAAUAGCCUAACCCCAACAAGCCUAAACUUACCCAACCUUAAAUUUGAGUUGGAUAUCGGAGACGUUGAAGUCCCAUCGCCGACAAGUUCUCUGUGGGAGUCUUUCUUUUCCGAUCAGUUGGAUGGAGAUUAUAUGAUUUCGUCACCGGUGAGGAAUUAUCCAUCCCCACAAGCAUCAGCUUACAAUUACAAUUACAACUAUGCCCAGGCAAUGCAGGGACAAAGCACUCUCUCAGGUUCCUCUCCUCCACGGUUCUCCUCUAACCAGAUUGGUCCUUUUACCAGCACGCAGAAAGGAAAAGGAUUAAGCCCGCUUCACAGGGUCUUUAACUCGCCAAACAACCAGUAUAUGAAGCCUGAGAACCUUUCAGUGCUGUCAUCUAUUGAGGAGUUUUUGGAUGAUUAUGGAAGACAUGAAUAUGAAUAUCCGGCGACGGCGACAAAGCUGUCCGGUUUCGGAAGUUCGUCGCACUAUGAUAUGCCAAUCAUGGUUCCGGCAGUGGACGGCUUGACGAUGAACAAUUCUUCAACGUUUUGCGGUUCUGUUCAUGAAACAUCGAGUACUCCGGGAGGAUCUCAAGCUGCCCCAGAGAGGGAUAUUUAUGAUCAAAUGGGCAUUAUGCCAAGUGCACCAUUGUCACAACAGUUGCAACAAGAGCGCCUGCAAGAGAAGCAACUACUGCAGAAGCAGCCACAGCAAAAAACACCAGAUCAACAACAACACCACAACCUUAACCAUAGCUUGAUGGUGCCAGCUCUUCCUGUUGGCUCUGAGCAGGAACACGAUAGUGGGCUCCAGCUAGUGCACCUCCUUCUAGCAUGCGCUGAAGCAGUUGCCAAAGAAGACUACAUGUUGGCAAGGAGAUACCUCCACCAUCUCAACCGCGUCGUCACCCCUCUCGGCGACUCCAUGCAACGUGUAGCCUCCUGCUUCACUGAAGCCCUCAGCGCAAGGCUAGCCGCCACGCUUACCAGCACCGCCAAACCCACUAGAUUUAAUCCUUUCCCACCAAACUCACUAGAAGUCCUCAAGAUCUACCAAAUCGUCUACCAAGCUUGCCCUUACAUAAAGUUCGCUCACUUCACAGCCAAUCAGGCUAUAUUUGAGGCCUUCGAAGCCGAAGAGCGUGUCCAUGUUAUAGAUUUGGAUAUUCUCCAAGGCUACCAGUGGCCGGCUUUCAUGCAAGCCCUGGCGGCACGCCCUGGUGAGGUUCCCUUUCUCCGGAUAACCGGCGUCGGGAGCUCCAUAGAGUCGGUGAGAGAGACCGGUAGGUGUUUGACAGAGUUAGCUCACACCCUUCACAUUCCCUUCGAAUUCCACCCGGUGGGGGAGCAACUAGAAGACCUUAAACCCCACAUGUUUAACCGAAGAGUUGGUGAGGCUCUAGCAGUGAAUUCUGUGAACCGUCUCCAUCGCGUGCCUGGAAAUUGUCUUGGGAAUUUACUAGCAAUGAUCCGAGACCAGGCUCCCAACAUCGUAACCCUAGUGGAACAAGAGGCAAGCCAUAAUGGUCCAUAUUUUCUGGGAAGGUUUCUUGAGGCACUGCACUUUUACUCAGCCAUCUUCGACUCGUUGGCCGCCACGUUUCCGGCGAACUCGGCGCAGAGGGCCAAGGUGGAGCAGUACAUAUUCGCGCCGGAGAUACGCAACAUAGUGGCGUAUGAGGGGGCGGAGAGGAUAGAGAGGCAUGAGAGGUUGGACAAGUGGAGGAAGAUAAUGGAAGGGAAAGGGUUCAAGGGGGUGCCGCUGAGUGCCAACGCGGUGACUCAGUCCAAGAUAUUGCUGGGUUUGUAUUCGUGUGAUGGGUAUAGGUUGACGGAGGAUACGGGGUGCUUGCUUUUGGGGUGGCAAGAUAGGCCACUUAUUGCAGCAUCUGCAUGGCGAUGUUGA